AUGGCCAAGAUUUCGCGUGGUGCCCCCGGUGGCAAGCUCAAGAUGACCCUGGGUCUCCCAGUCGGUGCCAUCAUGAACUGCGCGGACAACUCGGGUGCGCGCAACCUCUACAUCAUCUCGGUGAAGGGUAUCGGUGCCCGCCUCAACAGGCUGCCCGCUGGCGGUGUCGGCGACAUGGUGAUGGCCACAGUCAAGAAGGGCAAGCCCGAACUGCGGAAGAAGGUCCACCCUGCCGUCAUCGUCCGCCAGGCCAAGCCGUGGAAGCGCUUCGAUGGUGUCUUCCUCUACUUUGAGGACAACGCUGGUGUGAUUGUCAACCCCAAGGGCGAGAUGAAGGGCUCUGCCAUCACCGGGCCCGUCGGCAAGGAGGCCGCCGAGCUCUGGCCCCGUAUUGCCAGCAACUCGGGUGUCGUGAUGUAA